AUGACGGUCCUACUCAAUCUCGAGUGCGGCGGUUAUGCGACACCGAUCAAGUUCAGAGAUCAGACAGAUCUGCUGAAGCGGAAACAUGGCAGAAAACGCAAAGAAAAGGCACAAAGACCAGCUCCGACUGAGCCAUCGCCUUCGUCGAAUGCCCAAGACAGUGUAGAACCGACAUUGCAGUCGCAUCAAGUUAGCCAGCGUGUUGUGACACCGGGAGAUGAAACUUUCCAUUCGGCUGACGAAAGCCAUCAAACCUUUGACGAAUCACAAGAAUUAUCCCGCUAUGAGGCGGCCGCGUCACUCGCCCUGAUAUCUGGAGGCAUUCACCAGGACUCACUGGUUCCUACUGGUGGGCAUCAAACAGAAUCGCCAUCGUUCUACACGCCAUUUGACGACACGACUCUGCAAGCUGAUUCCAAUCUUGGAGGACUAGGAGAAGACAAUACGGAUGAUGUGCUUAACACUUAUCAAGGCGUAGCCACGCCGAGUUCCACGCCAGUCUACCCACGUAUCGACUCGCCUUUGCUGCGACAAAGACAGUCAGAACAGGCGAAUCGGCAAUUGACUUCAGUGCCAACAAUUCCAGUCGGCUUGUUGGAGAGCGCAAAGUUUGCCGAGGACAUGGUGUUUUAUCACCAUUUCACGGAUACCUCUCCGUACGGCACCCUCUCAAUCUUGUCACUGAAUGAUAUCCUACAGGCUGAGCACCUUGACAAGGCCUUCUUCCACGCUGCAUUGGCCUUGGCGGCGCUGGAUAUCUCUCAGGCAAGGCCGACGGAGGCGCUCGGUAGUAAGGCGGCACUGCAAGCCCUCGAUCACUUUGUCACUGCCCUCGGUACGGUGCGCAUGGCACAGCUCGACGAUGAAGGGGUCGCUACGGGCUGUCCGCCGAACCAAGACAACGCCAUCUCAUGGCUGGCGACUCUUCUACUGCUGGCCAACUUUGAACUACAGAGAGGCCAGAUGAAAUUGUGGUACAUCCAUAGCCGGGCUGCGGUCACAUUCCUGUCCCAACACCUCAACCGCGUGCAGGAUUUGCCGGUGGGAGAGUCGCUCAUCCGAUCGUUCUCGAGGAUCGCCGCGCUUCUGGACAUCUUUGACAGGGCAUACUCUGUACGCUACAGCAUAGCGUCUCCAGACGUUUCAGACUCUUUAAGCAGAUCUCUAGUAAACUCGCCUCAUUCGGCAGACCGGCUGCUCUUCAUCCUACCGCGGGUCAUCAAGCUGGAAGAAGAGUGGAGGAGCAACCCCCAACACGACCUUCACUGGCGAGAGCAAGCAGAAAGCCUUAUCGAGGAGUUAAAAGCCUGGCGAAAGACCGUGCCUGACUGUGACGUGCCACCCUUACACGAGCACACCGCAAACCCUUACAAUGAAGAUGCAGAAGGACCUGGCAUCUCCAUCAGGCCCCUCAGCAUCCCGGACGCCCCAGAGCCCGUCAAGGCUGCAACAACCUUCAUGCACUACCUCGUGUCUCUCCUCCGCUUGGAAACGAGAUACCUGCCCGGCGCAGUGCGCCAACUACCCCCCAAAGCAAAGAAAAUCGUCCUCCUCGUCUGCCGCCUGGCAGCAGGCGUACCCUACGCCUCCUGCGCGGCGGUCAACGCAUACUCCCACGGCAUGGUCGCGGCGAUGAUGAACUGCUAUCACAUGUCGGAGGAGCAGGAGGUCAAGGACUGGGUCAAGAAUUGGAUCGCCGGAUUCCCGCGGGAGAGGGAGGGCAUCUGGAACGUGCGACACGCGCACCGCGUGCUGAAUUACGUUGACCAAGAAUACACGCGUCGCGGCUCGCGCUACAACUGGGAGAUCAUCAAAGUUCGACUGAUAGACCUGGAGACAGAUGCCACGCCAAGCGAGGACGAGGAGACGGACCCUGACAAAUUCAUCACUUGCAGCUCAUCCUGCUCUGCCAUCACAGCAACUGAGCUUAAGCUCGAGCUGGAGGAUGAUGUCAAGACAAAAAGGCGCUUAUCCGGCAAAUAUCCAGAUUCAUCUCCGUUCCUACCAUUGAGUCAGGACAUCAAGAUGAGUCCCAGCGCUAUCAGCACAUCUUCAGCGACAUUGUCAAAAGCGAGCGGCCUGCCCGACGAUGGACACCCUUACGCAGAAUUGGACGUCACCAAGAUGCUCAAGACUCUUGUCCCCGAGGCAGACCAACUGCCCGUCCCAGAUGCCCACGAUCCAGUGAGAUUAGGCCAGAACUGCACAACGGCACACAUGGUACAAGUCCCAUGGUCUAUGCAAAGUGGCUGGGGAACACCCGUAAUGAGUCCCUACGGCAAGAUCGCCCUCGAGCCAACAGCAAGCGUCCUACACUACGCCACGGAGUCCUUCGAAGGAAUGAAAGCCUACCGAGGCCACGACAAUAAACUCCGUCUCUUUCGCCCAGACCUCAACUGCGCCCGCCUUCUGAAGUCCAACGCCCGCGUAGGCCUCCCCUCCUUCAACCCCUCCGCCCUCCUCGCUAUCAUCACCACCUACCUCGGCACAGAAUGCCCCCGCUGGCUCCCAGACCCCGGCACAAACCUCUACGUCCGCCCCGCCAUGGUCGGAAGCGGCUCCGCGCUCGGUAUCAACCAGCCGCCCGAAGCCUUAUUCUUCCUCUUUGCCGCGCUCUUCCCGCAGUCUCUGGGAGGAGGAUCGACAAAUGCGCCGCACCCGGGCAUCAAGUUGCUCGCUAGCAGCCCCGAGCAUAUCCGCGCCUGGCCUGGCGGGUUCGGGUCCGCGAAGGUGGGCGCGAAUUACGGGCCUGCUAUGGUUUCGCAUGCGGCGGCUAAGUCGCAGGGGUGUACGCAGACGUUGUGGUUGUUUGGGGAGGAGAGGAUCGUUACGGAGGCUGGGGCGAGUAAUUUCUUUGUUGUGUGGAGGAAGAAGGGGGGUGAAGGGAUUGAGCUUGUAACUAGUUCUUUGGACACGGAGGUAAUCCUGGAUGGCAUCACUCGACGGAGUGUUUUGGAGGUUGCGAGGGAGAGGCUGACGCGGGAAUUGACGGCUGAGACUGAGCUUGCCCCGCUGGAUGUUGUCGAGCGGCCUUUUACUAUGGGUGAGGUUGUGGAAGCAUAUGAGGAAGGUCGGCUAGUGGAGGCCUUUGUUUCUGGCACUGCGAUGUUUAUCACCCCGGUCUCCGUGAUCAAGCAUGGCGACACUGAGAUUCAAUUCCCCAUGAUGGUUACUGAUGAGGGGCACAAGACACCGCGCUCCGCGUACUCCAACACCAUAAAAUCUUGGUUGGAGGAUAUCAUCUACGGUCGAGUAGAACACGAAUGGGGAUACGUCGUUGCUGAGCAGUGA